AUGCUCCUCUCUCCCCUCAACAUCAGCGAAACUAGCCCGCUAAUGUCGGUGGAUACGAGCGGAGAAUGGUUUCUUCCAUUCCCUCUCGACCUCAGUAUGUCAGUGCCUGUGACUUACCACAGACGUGCGUUUAAGCGGCAGUGUACGGAGGAUGGAACCUGGCAGUCGGGUGAGUGUGUGGCAGUCACAUGUGAGCCACCUCCUCCCAUUUUCCACGGUACCUACAAGUGCACAAAUGGCUUUCAGUUCAACAGCGACUGCUGGAUCGACUGCAACAGGGCUAACCACACGGUGAGACAGCACAGCCGCUGCAAGCAGGGUCUUUCCACUAAUGUAAUCCGAUGCAGAAAGGACGGGAAUUGGACCGGCUCCUUCCGUCUCUGCCCCAACCUGACAGGCCAGUGUUCCCUCCCGCAGAAUCUCAGCCCAAAUAUCAUUCUCAGCUGCAAGGAUGGACAUGCCAUAGGAAAGGAGUGUGAGGUGACCUGCAGCGCUGAAAUUAACCGUGUGGUCCUCUUGGCCAGCAACAUGAGUGUUGAAGCUGUGAUGAAAGACCACUGGUGGAACCCACCCGAAGUUAAGAAUAUUGUAUGCACCAUGGGACUCAAGUGGUACCCUAACCCAGAGGCCCUCCAUUGCAUAAAGGGAUGCGAGCCGUUCAUUGGUGAUAAUUACUGCGAUGCCAUCAACAACCGAGCAUUUUGCAACUACGAUGGUGGAGACUGCUGUCAUUCUACUGUUAAAACCAAAAAGGUGAUUCCAUUUCCAAUGUCAUGUGACAUUCGAGAAGACUGUGCAUGUCGAGACCCUGAUGCCCAGGAGAACAACAAAGGAGUCCGCCACCGGUCCAUUGGCUGAGCUUCGUACCCCCUGUGGCACCCAGGGGGGCCUGCUGGGAAACCAUUCUUCUCCACAUGCUGCUUAUAAGAGGGCCUUUCCACUCACACCGCACUCCGACAUGCCCUUGCUUCCUCAUCAAACAACAACUUUAGAGGGUAUGACACUCAAAAACAAACAACCAACCAAACACAUCAACGGGUUUUGCAAAGGAUAUGAAGUGGAAGUUUUAUGAAUGACUUAUGGCAAUAGCAACCAUAGAUGUUGUCAAACUAAGGCUCAAACAAGCCUGGACUGACAGUUUUGUUAUUUUAUGUUUGCUUUCAUUGAUCAUUAUGUGUAAAGCGCAACCAUGGCCAUGUUGUUUCCAUGUAGAGCCAGAGGAAAAAUGAGGGAAAGCAAAAAAUGCAGCUGUUAAUGUUUGAAUGAAAAGUUUUAUUUCGAACAUGUAGAAAAAUGUUCAGAAUGGGAUGAUAAAUUGAGUCAAAUCAAGACCACCAAACUAAAGUGAAUCGAUGACAGUUUAGCCAUUCCAUGUGUCCUCGUAUAUCAAAUGUUCAGUGUGUUCUUAUAUUUAUCAAUUCAAAUAUCAAAGAGAAAAUAUACCAAUGGACCUUAACAAAUCCAAAUUUGUCACACGGAUGGCUUGAACUCCUCUGAAUGUUUGAGCUGCUGUUACUCACUUAUACAAAUAUAAAUACUGUACAUAUUACUCUAUAUAUCUGGCCGACGACCUCAGCGUCUGCAUGAAACAUUGAGGGAUGAUGGGAAUGUUUCACAGUGCAUAGGAAGAAGAUGUAUGAGUGCAGCUGCUGCGGCCCUAAAUCACAAAAUCCUGUAUAUCAGUAGGGAAUGCACAAAUCUGAUGGCGAAAAAUCAUCAGAGGAGGUGUUGAAUCAGUGAGUUACAUCCACAGCAGAGAGUGAGAGAGAGAUUGUGAAAGAAGUUGUCUUAGCACAGCUGUUGCUGCUAGUUUUGCUGCUGUGGCCGUACAAGCCAGUUGUGUCUAUGGACAGUUUGUAGUUUAAUAUAAGUGCAGUCUGCCAUAGAUUUGACCUCUGAUCAAAAUGCAGUUAGUCCUACUUUACAUAAAAACACAUUCAUGUACGUGCAAACAGAUUUAUGAAUGUAGAUCUACUAACAGAUUCCACCCCCCCCCCCCCCCAGUUUCAGUCUGUUAUUUGAGAUUUUCAAAAAACUUUGGAUCAUUUUGAGCUAAUUGAAAUAGAUUGGGUGUUCCCAGCAGAGCAUGUUUUUAUCAGUAAAUGAUGAAAGAUGUUCUUUAUGAAUAAUUUAUUCAUCAAUUAUUUAAUGAGCGUUUAACAAAUAUCUUUUGCAUUCUUGACGAAAUUUAACUAUUAGCAAAGACCAUAAAGUGCUGUUAAAUUUUCACAGUUUUGCAUUUCCCAUCUGCGCAUUUACUACAGUUUGUUAAAUAUAGUGAUUAAACAUUAGAUUGAAUAUAGAAUUUCUUUUUGAGGCGAGUUAGGAGCAUGGGUGCAUAAAUUUAGCUCUGUCCGGUGUCAUAAUGUUGAUAUUGCCAUCCAUAUUGCCAAACUCUUAUAGACAUUCUUUGGAACUUAAUGCUUUAAUGCCAUGCAUUAUAACUAUGACAAAAAUAAUGAAAUUAAUAAUUUUAAUAGAUUGACAGCCCUAGACCACAAAGGCAUCAGAAAUGAUUGACUAAAAGAGUAAUACAAUUAUGUACCGGCUGCAAUGGCACAUAUCAGACAUAAUUAAUCAUUCAAACAGUCAGUCUGAGUUUGCUUGUUGAUGAAGAACCAUUCAAAAGUACUGCCAAAUUAAUAUAUAUAUAUAUAUAUAUUGACACAAAGAAUGUAAUUUAGGCAUCAUUGUUGAAUAUUAAGGAUUUAGCAUUCACAAGGUGUUUGAGCUAGCUCAAUCUGGUAUAGCAUUAUAUUUGUAAAGAAAAGAACAGAUAAGCUAUGUAGAAAAUAUAUUAAUAGUCCUCCUCUGCAGUCCAUUUUCAUCUUUUUUUUUUGUAACAGAAAUUAAAUGGGGAUUAUGCCAUCAGUGCUCUCCUUUUUUGAGGUGCUCAUAAUUUUUGUGGGCAAU